AAAUAUUUAUUUCUCUCCGCCCGCCACCUCUUCCCAAUGUUAAUGCAAAAUGCCAUCUGAGGCUUUAGACAGCAUAGCAACUCUCGACCGCCGAUUUCUCUCACGAUCCCGUAUCUCAAUUAAUGUCGUGAUGCAUACGUCUAACUUAAUACUAUACGCUUCUCUAUUUAUACCUAGGUAGAUAUUGCUCUACAAAGGAGCCGUUGAAUUAUUUACGACAUCGCCUCUCCGCCGGAACCACCACCACAAUUACCACCGCGCUUCGAUCGUCAUCAAAUACAAAAGGAACGCACGAAAGCAAGGCCAGAUAAAGGCCAACCAUAUUAUUUAUCCAGUCUACCCAUACUCCACACUCCAGUUCUACAAGCCAUGGACCGCGCCACCACCUCCUCCCCUUCCACAACCCCAGUAACCAGCAGCCUACAUGAGCCCCCGGAAAGCCACAAAAGGAUACAUCAACCCUCAUCCUCCCAUCUCGACUCUACCCUCUCCCAUUUCGCUGAUCCCACCUUUGACCCUGUCGACUACCUUAACAACAUCCUCCCGUCCUUCUCCCUUUCCCUCUCUUCACCCCAAACAACAACGACGGCAACCGCAACAAUCCCCACAACAAAAGACAGAGCAGCAAGUGCUACCGCGGCCUCUACGCCCGUCUCCCUCGCGGCGCUCUCAACGCAAACCCAAUCCCUUAUCUCACAGCUCAGUGCGCAAAAUGCGCGCCUGUCGAAUACCCUGACGCAGCUGACAGAUGAGAUACUACGUGGUGGGGGCCGGUUGGCGUAUGAGGUCGAGGUUUUGAGGGGGGAGGCGGUGGGCUUGUCGGAUGCGUUGAGGGAAGAGCUGGCGGGGGAUAUAGAGCUGUUUGUGCCGGGAGGGAAGGUACCGGAUAUAUCUAUGUCUACAAGAGCGGAGGAAGAAGCGGUGACAAAGACACAAGCGGAAGCUAGUGAGCCAGCGGACAAUCCCGCGCAAACACAACAACCGCAAACACAAGUACAACCAGAUGACGAGCAACAGCAGCAAUCACAACCAAAAGAACCAGGGCAAGAAGCACAAUCGGAAACACAACCCGCCUCAAACGAGCCCCUCUACCUCACCCACCUCCGCACCCUAACCAACGUCCGCGCCCGCCUCGAGCAGGUAAUCCACACUUUCGGCGAAGCCAUGGAAUGGCCCCUCGCCCCCUCCGAAACCUCUCUCGCAUCCUCUUUCAUCUCCGUCUCGGCACCCGAACCCGGCACGGAGAGCCAGCACAGCCGCGAGGAGAAGGGGAAGGAAGUCGCGAAGAAGUUGCGGGCGGAGAUCAUAGAGUUGCUGGAUAAGGACACUGGUACCACUGACGCAGAUGGUGUGGAAGCGGCUAAUCGGCGGGUUGAGGCGCUGCGGGAGCUGGUGGGCGUGUGGAAGGGGACGGCGGAGGAGAAGGCGCGGAUGAGGUUUGUGGAUGGAUUGGCGAAGUUGGUUGAGGAGCGGAGGAAGGUUGUGCAGAGUGAGACGGAGAGUAAGGGUGGAGGAGGGUCUAAGAGUGGGCUGCGCGGGGAUAGUAAUGCUGGACGGGAUGGGAGGGGAGGAGGGGGUCAGGAAGGUAAAGGUAGUGCUGGUACAACUACGACUGCUCCUGCUUCUGGUGGCGGUGGUGGUGGGUUGUUGCGGAAUCUGCAGCGAUUGCGGGAUGAGAUAUAUCUUGAUUGAUUUUGGGGGGGGGGGAGGGGGUGGCUGAGACCACCAUUGUAAAUAUUUACUGUAUAGGCUGGACUUUGACGUCUUUCACUUUUAUAUACUCUAUAGACAUAAUAUGCUUUGCAUGGCUCCUUUCUUUUUACUUGUUAUCUAGAGUAAUUUUUAUAUUUGUCAAACAU